AAAUGUACAAAAUGAAAGCAGUUCAUUCAAUCAGAGUAUUCAGCACAUUGUUGAUUACAAUGACCUCGCCACUCUAUUUCGGUCGCAGUAAAAUGAUUUCGCAUCUAAUUUUGGUGAGUGCAGUCUUAACAACCGUCGCAUCCAAUUACGAAUCGCGUCAGGGCCUAAUGAACGGUUUAGUGUUUCCAAGUGAAAUCGAUGCUGUCGUCGGUGAGGAGAUUUAUCUGAAAAUAAUUGAACCAGUAGCUCAGCAAACGCAUUGCCAUUAUCGCAAGACGGGCGGUCAGGAUGUUGACAUUCAACAGCCACACAAACAAGACUUCGAAGCGUGGAAAAAAGAAACCUGUGGACUGCGCAUCAAAAAUAUUACAACGGAAGAGCAUGGAUUCUGGAGACUAACAUCGUCAAAUGACAAUGGCGAUGUUGCCAGGGGAAUUGUAUUCAUCAACGUUCGAACCGAGGAUCCGAAACAACCGGCAAAAAAAGAGAUCGACUCGUUAGAUGUUGACAUUGCACUGGAACAAACGGAGUAUUGCUACGUUCUGCGACCCGACCAAACGAAAACAGCGUUUCCCCAACAUGAAAAUUGUGAUUUUCCCAAAUUCAAGAGUGAUGCCGAGGGUAAUGGCAUUUGGAAUGUGGUAUCAGGCGUCAAGGGUAAAACACACGAGGUAACAUUUGAAGUGAAUGUCAAGACGAAUGUUGAACAGUUUCAAACUUUUGUUGAGCACAAUAGCAGCACAUCGUCAUUGAAUAUGAAAUGUAAAUUGGUGAAUACGAGAAAAACGUUGAAAUUCUGUCGAUUUUUGCGAUUGAACGAUGAUACUGGCUUCAAUUUGCAAGACGGUCGAGGUGAAGAGCGAAUCAGUUACUUUGGCAACGGUUUUGCGAAUCGUGAAUGUGGCAUUUCAAUUGCGAACGCAGACGACAGCGAUAAAUCGCCAUGGAAGUGCUUCAUCGGUGUUGACGAUGACGGUCAUUUGAAAACGAUGGGAGCCAUCAUUGAUGGCAGUGUUCCACAAAAAACUAGCUCACAAGGUGACGUUGAAUCUAGCGAUGUUUAUGGUCUACAGGACACGCAAGUGAAUAUUUUAUGCAAGCGAUACAUUCCAACCGAUUAUUGCUGGUUUCGAGAUCCAUCUGGACAAAUAAUCUCAAUGUCUGACCAAAAAGAACCCGAUGAUUCAAAUGACAUAUACAGGUAUUAUGGAACUGGAAUCAAGCUCGGUGAAUGCGGUUUAACCAUUUUGAAUGCUAAUCACAAUCACUCGGGUAUAUGGUCGUGUCAUAUGGGCGCAACGGAGCAGUCGUCAGCAGACUCUGUUCAAGAAAUCAGUGUUCGUAUCGCAGAAACACCAUUGGUUUCGACAAACUUAUUUCAAGACGCUCAGCAGGCUACCUCUAUGGUGCUUGAAUGCCAUAGCAUUCCAGAGCAUGUUCCUUUGGAGUAUUGUCGGUUUUUGCAGCCGGAUGGUAAAAGUUUUAGUAUCAAUGAGAAAUCAACCGUUCACAAUCCUUUGCUGGAUAACUACUACUUUAAUCCAAAUCGUAAGAUGAGCUCGGGCUAUUGUUCGAUAAUUGUGAAAAAAGUUGAUCGUAAACAACAUCAAGGUCAAUGGAUGUGCGUGGCGAAACCCAUCGGAAGCGAUAGUGAAUGUUCCGAUGAAUUCCGUGUCACCGUGUUCGAUUCAAAUAUUUCGGCUGCCAGUGUGAUUGGAAUGGUGUUUUCUGCCAUUUUCAUCCUUGGGGGAAUCGUUUUCAUCACUUACCGGGGCUAUCGCCAAAAAUACAAUGUAAGACGUAACACACAGCAAACGGCUGUUACCUAUAUCACUGGCACCGAUGCCGUUUCAAUGCGUAGCAAUCACUCCAUUGAAUCACAAUCCAGUUCUCAAACCGAUGGCUGUCAAUCUGAAGGCAUUGAGAUUCAAACAAUUAGAUUGAGAAAUUGAGAAAGAAAAGCUGGUCGAUGAACGUAUUUUUUAAUUGAGCAUUUUUUUAUUAUCAUCAACUUAAAAGUAAUAAGCUAAACAGUACAUAUAUAAUGAACAUAGAGGCGUUCUUUCUUAUUUUUUGGUUUACAUUGAACUUUAAUACAAUUGAUUUGUGUGGCUUUUAUAUUCUUUUUAAUAAAACACAAUGGCUUUUGAGCUAUAAACGGGUGAAAA